CUGUGAUUUAUGCAAAGUCUCUUAAUGUCCGAGAUACUGCGGUAGUUGAUUUGCAGCCAUUCAGUGUUAACAUUAAGAGGAAAACAAACCGAAAAUUGGACUUAUCAGCUAAAAACUAAUGAUCGUGUCGAGAUCCAGUGUGGUAGCUGCAUCUCCUGUUGAUGAUGACAAAGUUCUGUGUAUCAUCCGAGAUCUUGUGGACAGCCAUGGUGGCACAGCUGGGAAGCAGUCACUCAAUCUGCAGGCCUCAACUCCAGCUUGUCAAGCAGCCAGUGAUAUAGCCAGAGCAUGCGGCUACAAAGCCAACACUGUGUCGAUUCAUUAUGAACAACAGAGUGGAGGCAAUGAUGAUAUUUUACUGGAGAAGCUGGAAACUGAUGUGUUGCUAGGCACAGUAUGUUCAACAGGAGCCAGACGACACAAUUUUACAAUUCAUGAACUAGACGGCACAAUGCCUGAAAAGCUAGAUGAUGUGUCUACCACAUCUAAUGAUGCCAAGUGUUCAGUCAGUUUGCCAUCUCAACAGCCAGAGGACUCUGUUUAUUCCCACAAUGCUACAACAAAAUCAGAGACAGGAUAUCUUGGAUUGGUCAACCAGGCCAUGACAUGCUAUUUAAACAGUCUUCUGCAAACACUUUUUAUGACCCCUGAGUUUAGAAAUGCGCUAUACAGUUGGUCUUUCGAUGGCUCUGAAGAUGAAAAAGUGAAAAGUAUACCAUAUCAACUACAAAGACUCUUUUUACAGUUACAGACAAGUAAGAAAAGAGCUGUUGAAACCACAGAUUUGACUCGUAGUUUUGGUUGGGACAGCAGUGAAGUGUGGCAGCAGCAUGAUGUUCAAGAACUGUGUCGUGUGAUGUUUGAUGCUUUAGAACAAAAGUGGAAGAAUACAGUCCAAGCCAAUUUAAUCAAUCAGUUAUACCAAGGCAAAAUGAAAGAUUAUGUCAAAUGCCUCGAGUGUGGCUAUGAAAGUGCUCGUGUUGAUGCCUACCUGGAUAUCCCUUUGGUUAUUAGACCAUUUGGUUCUUCAGAAUCCUAUGGCAGUGUGAUUGAAGCGAUGAAUGCCUUUGUCCAGCCAGAAAUAUUAGAUGGUACCAACCAGUACUUUUGUGAGAAAUGUAAUAAGAAAUGUAAUGCUCACAAGGGUCUGAAGUUUGUUUUAUUCCCCUACCUUUUAACACUUCAGCUCAAGAGAUUUGAUUUUGACUAUACCACAAUGCAUAGGAUUAAGUUGAAUGACAAGAUGACAUUUCCUGAAAUUUUAGAUCUCAAUCAUUUUAUUACGUCCACCAGUCAUCAGUUGAACAAAGAUAUUGAAGGGGAAAUAGCAGAGGAGGACAAAACAGUAGUGUCCAAUGGUCAAGUGGACAGCAGUGAUGAGGGCAUUGAUGAAGGUAUAGAGAUAGAAAAUGGUUGUUCAGCUGCUUCCUCUGGCAGUGAUUCUUCCAGCAUAAGUGGCGAUGCAACAGCAAACAACACACGCAACUCUUAUUACUCCGGUGGAAAGGGUCCCCAUGUAUAUGAACUGUUCUCCAUAAUGAUUCACUCAGGAAGUGCUGCAGGGGGGCACUACUAUGCAUACAUUAAGUCUUUCAAAGAUGGUCAAUGGUAUAGUUUUAAUGAUCAACAAGUAUCUAAGAUAACAUAUGAUGAUAUCAGAAAAACAUAUGGUGGCUCCUCUAUGACAAGGGGAUUUUAUUCUUCUGCUUACACUAGCUCAACGAGUGCAUAUAUGUUGAUGUAUAGACAGAUUGACAAAACACAAAAUGCUGAUUUUAUGCAGCCUGAGGAUUUCCCUGACUUUCUGAAAGCGGAACUAAGGCACAUGAAAGAGAAGGAGGAAGCAGAGAGAAGACAAAGAGAGAUUGACAAGUCCACAUGCAAGAUUAAGCUGUAUUGUUUCCACCCACAAGACCAGCACAAGAUGGAGGUUAAGCUGGAGAUACAUAAAGACAAAACAUUAUUAGAAGCUACAGAGAUAGCCAGAGAGCUUUUCCACCUGGAAACAUUGGUCCCCUUGGACUGUUGUCGUCUGGUGAAGUAUGAUGAGUAUCAAGACUCUCUGGAGAAGUCCUUUGAAGGAGAAGAGUCAACCCUGAUCUCUCAUGUGCUGGGUGGAGUCAAGUCCAAUUAUACUUUUGAUUUGCUCUUGGAGACUAAGAAGUCUGACCAGGCCUUUAAUGAAUACAAACCAGGAGGUGUAACAGUCAAAGUGUUUGUUGUGAACAUUUUCUCCAGCAGCAUCCAUCCUCCCAUCAGUGUCCGAGCCUAUCAUGUGCAAACAGUUCAAGAAUUUAAGCAGCUUCUGGAACAGAUGCUGGGCUACCCUGCUGCUCAAAUGAGAUGUGUCCUGGAGAGAUUUCAUAAUGACUUGAGACCUCUAGUUGAACCUGCUAAGACCUUGAAGGCAGAAGGAUUCUACAAGUCCAAUAAGGUUUUCAUCGAGUGUUCAGGAGAUGUCCAAGACAACAGUCUACCCUACAGCCAGUCUAAACUGUGUCAGCUUCUGGACCAGUACCAAAACACUAUUCGUAUUACAUGUUGUUUACCUAGUCAUAAAUCUGUGCAAGAGUAUUUAUCAACUAUGAAGGAAGUGGUUAAGUCCCCUCACAAAGGGGAGGGUACCACCCCAUCCUACACUGUCAAACAACUUACAGCUCAUGUGCCCGCUGAUGGUGAUGAGGGAAUCAGUGAACAUGAUUCAGCUUUUUAUAGUGGGGCUACAAACUCUAAACAUUCUCUGUCUGGCCUUGACCCUGGCUCUAAUUUCUCAAUCAGCAGCUCAACAGCAACAGACACCCGUUAUGGUGCUGGAACAUUGACAAACCUUUCACAGGGAGAUGAUGUGAUUGCUUCUGCUUUUGACGAGGACGCAGAAGCUGGGGUGGAUAAGACUGAAACCCCUCGAUUGACCAGUGACUGUGAAUCUAGCAGUGGGAUAGGUGAUGACUGCAAAGCGCGAGACUCUGCUUCUGCCUCCUCCCGCCCACACUCUUCCUCACAUGAGCAGCUGACUGUGGACAUGGCCAAUGUCUGUUCCAAGCUGUCCAGCGCCUGCCUGACAAGCUCCAGGAGUGACCCGUCCAUCUAUCACACAUGCGCUGACCACAGUGAUGACUCCAUCCAGUGCCUGGGGUCUGGCCCAAGCACGGGGAGUCAGGAAGACACCAGCACGAGUGCGGAGUUCAACUUUAGCUGCUCUGGCCCUGACCCAGAGCCUAUCCUCUCCUCGCCAGAAGAUGGCUAUGGAUUUGAAGAGGACAAUGAGGAGGAAAAAGACAUUGACCUUUCUGGUGCUGUCAAUCCUCGUGGUUGCGGAUCUGGGAGGAGGAGUGGGAUCGUUAUUCAUGAUUUAGACUUGGGGCCCAUAAAUCACCGUUUUCAAACAAACUUUGAUGCCCAGUUCCCCAUGGGCCAGUGUGAUCCAGUAGAGGACUGGGACAGAGAUAUAUCUGCAGUCAAUCAGCAGGACAGUAUCAAAUCUAAACAUUCAUUCCCAUCUUCAUCUUUCCACCCCGAUGCUCAUUGGGGAUUUCCAUCUGCCAACAGUGAAAGCUUACAGCCCGGAGCUUCCGGGGAUUCAUCUCACCCACCGGAGGGAGAGGUGGGCGACAUUGACUUGAGGUUGCGAGGGCACCCUCCUCCACCACCACCACCACCACCUCCUCCUCCAACGCCACACCUGUACACAGAUCGACAUAACAAGACUGGCUCUUCUCAAGUGGUUAAGACGACUAAGAAUGAGGAAGAAGAGGAAGAGGUGAAGAGAUAUUUCUAUGCUGUGAUGUCAGAGUUUUCUGACUCUGAAGAAAGAAUAUUGACUGUUUCUGUUGACAAAAGAAUAACCCUUGGGUCUUUCAAGCAAUAUCUUCAACCAUAUGUUGGUGUUGUAUCUAAUUUUUUUAAGGUGUAUCGUGUUUAUUCUAAUAAUCAGGAAUUUGAAAGUGUACGCUUAUCUGAUACACUUUCAUUUUUUGAGGAUGGAAAGUUUAAUAUCAAGUUAGGACGUGCUCUUCAGCCUGGGGAACACAGAGUAAAAGUGUACCAGCUUUGUGUCAAUGAUCCAGAGCCAAGCAAAUUUCUCAUCGAAACAAUUUUCGCAAAAGGUAUGACUGUAUUGGAAUCCAAACUUCUGGUGUUGGAUGAAAUUAAAGAGCAGUGUGGCCUUGACAUUCCACUUGAAAGAUGUCGACUAAGGAAGAAGUCUUGGACUAAUCCUGGUACAGUUUAUCUGGACAGCCAUGUUUAUGAAAAUGAAAUCCCCAUUUAUCCCAAUUGGGAAAUUUUUUUGGAAAUUUUAGAUAGUCCAGAAGAGCUAAAAGAAACAUCACAUCUGGCUAUAUAUGUUCGCCAAUGGCAUCCGUCCACACAUCAGAUUGAUCCAUUCCUUGAAGUUGUUUUGAAACACCAGUCUGUGGAAGAGCUGAAACAAAAGAUUUCUGCUUUGAGUGGAAUUCCUAUUGAAAAUGUUGAAUUUGCAAAGGGUAAAGGUACUUUCCCUUGUGAGGUGUCGGUGCUGGAGAUACACACUGACUUGGAAUGGAACCCCCAUGUCACAACACUCAACAUGUGGCCCCUGUAUAUCUGUGAUGAUGGCCAUGUCAUUUAUUUCAGGAAUAGCCGAGAAGAGCUGAUUGAGUUAUCAGAGGAGAAAAAGAAAGAAAUUCACCAAAAAGAAAACAGAUCCUCUCGACAAAAUCACAGAUUAUCCUGUUCCCCUCGUAAAGAACGAGCCCUGAAAAUCUACACAGAUGAAGACAGUCAUCCUAGCCGAAACACUCUUGAAUUGGACUAGACAUUUAGUAGUGAUAUAUAUUUAUUUAUAUAUACACUUUGUCUCAAUGCAGGCAUCUAGUACUUGUUUUUUUUUUUGUUUUUUUGUUUUUUAACUUUGACAUUCAAGUGAAACAGAUUUUAUUUGUUGAACUUUGACCUUUGCUGUUUGAAAAGAUGAUUUAAACAAAAAAUCAUAGAAACUUGUCAUAAUGAAGACUGGAUUUUAAUAAUGCCCCAGACCCCUAUAAUUUUCCUGAUCUUUGUUUUUUAUUGAUGUCUGACAAAUAUGAUGAUGAUGAUGUGAGAUUGUUUUAAAAAUAAACUUGUUGUGCACACAAAAGAUGCACUGGUUAAACCAUACUUGUUGUGCACACACAAGUUGCACUGGUUGAUCUAGUGUUCUUGAAUAUUGUUAACUGGCAGUUUUGUUUGCUCCACUCUAGGCAGUCAACCUACAACGGUGUGAAAACCUAUUUAACAACGUAACUUUAUUAUAUGCUGUGUGAGAUUUGUUGGGCUAUAAUCUCUCCUCACAGCUUAUACACUCAUAUAGUCUUUAUGAACACAAACAUCCAUCACAUCAUGGGAUGGAAUUGUGUAUUGCAUAUGUAGAUCAGAACUGUAAGUGUGAAUUAUUUUUGUAAGUGUAUAUUAGCAGAAUGUAGAUAAUUUGAAAGAUUGGAAUUUCUCAUGUUUUUAUAUAUAUAUAUAUAUAAAUAUCUGAAACAGAUUUUGCCACUUCCGUUAUCAUUCUGAGUAACUGAUUUUUAGAAGAUUUAAAAAAAAGGAAGAGUGCUGAAUAUCUAUCUCUUGUUUUAAAUAAACAUCUGAAACAUUUCCAUAAACAAAGAUUUACAUUUGGAUUUUACUUCUGGAAUUGAAAGUUUUUUUUUAGCAUAUAAUUCAGUAGAGGUACACCGAGAAAUCUUUUAAAAAAAAAAAAGUUUUGUGUAUGCCAUUCUUUUUUUUUAAAUUAAUGAAUAAGUUUGUAUUGCUGCCAGUGUAACUGCUGGAUGAAAUAUUAAUGUAGCUGUAAUCCUAUAUAUAUAUAUAUAUAUAUAGAGAGAGAGAGAAUGUUGAUUGUGUAAGAUGCCUGAAAUGAUUGGUGACUAGUUACAGGAGACUGAGGCUGCCAUGAAAUGUUUUGUGUAUGUAUAGUCUGUUUUUUGUUUGUUUCUGUUGUAGGUGUAAGAUUUGUGAAUGUUGAAAUGAACUGUUUUAAAAUAAAAGUAUUUCAGUACAACUUAAAGGAAUGGAAAGUUCAUCAUUUUCACUGGCCAAUAGGACUGCUUUAGUUCCACACUUCAAUUUCCCCAAUUAGGUCAUCUGAAGCUUAUUGAACUCACUUCAGUCCAAGCUUACGAAUCAGGGCAGAAAAUUCUUUAGUUUCCGUGUAUCUAACAGGAUGUUCAGAUUGAAAGCUGAAUGCAUAAUCUCUUUGCCACAGCCCUCCCCAUGACUAGUACAUUUCUCUUGUACUACUACAAAUGCCCUAUUUAAGCAGCAUGGCCAGCACAGUUUGGAGAGAGGGAGUUUUCAACAAACUCUUCAGUUUUGGAGGUUACUUUUUUUGUUCUGAUGCUUUUAUACAUCCAAUGGGAAUGACAACUUUAGAAAAGGAAUUGAGCUGGUUUCAUGGAUACAAUGAAAUAUAUUUUUCUUUCUUUAUUUCUGCUUGGUUGUGCUGUUUGUGCGCUGGACUGCUGUUAGGUUCAUACCCUGCCCACCGCCAUAUCCUUGUUGUCCUGUAAGAGGUUUGGAUAGGAAGUAGAUUAUUGUCAGCUCUGAAGGAACAUCCAAAACUUGUCAAACAUUUCACUAACAUUUUUUCUCCUUCUGAAUUAAGAACUAGUAUGAGUGCUCUUUUCUAUUUCCAACAUGAAGUCAGUACUGAAUUGAUCUAAGUAAUAAAAAUACUUUUUUUUUUUUCUUUACUAUUCUAUGUGGAUACUUACUUAGACUUAGACUUAGGUCCUCCCGCGCCGUUCGGCGCAUUGGGCGGCAAGCUGUCUCCAUAAUGAUCUGUCACUGGCAAUGUCUGAAGCCUCUUCCCAUCUGGUGUCCACUGUUCUGAGGUCCUCCAUGAAGGUGUGUCGCCAGGUAAUACGAGGACGUCCCUGUUUGCGCUUUCCUCGUUUUGGCUUCCAUGUUAUCGCAACUCUUGGUGUGCGUAAUUCAUUUUGACGUAGAACAUGUCCCGCAAACCUCAUGCGACGCUCAGUCACAACCUCACUAAGUGUUCGACUCCCAGUUCGGCAAAGGAUUUCCUUGUUUGAGAUCCGGUCUGUGUAACUGACUCCCAAAAUCCGUCUCAGCCAUCUCUGUUGAGCCACAUUUAGUCUUUUCUCAAUUUUGACAGAUGACUUCCACGUCUCACAUGCAUAUGUAGCAGUUGGAAUGACGAUUGUGUUGAGAAGGUGUAUUUUUGUCUCGAGUCCAAUGGCUUGGCUAGUCCAAAUAGGCUGCAGCCUUUGGAAAAUGCUCCCUGCCUUUCCUAUUCGGCAUGCUACAUCAUGGUAAGCAUCUCCAUCAUUUGUUAUGAUGCUGCCAAGGUACGUGAACUUGUCCAGCUCUUCAAGCUUUGACUCGCCAAGUCUGACGGGGACACCCUUUGCCUUAUAUCCCACUCGCAUAAUUUUAGUCUUAUCCAAGUUUAUGCGGAGGCCAAUUUUGGGUGCCUCUCUGUCUAGGCUCUCCGUCAUUUCUUGAAUGCAUUUAUUUGUAGCCCCGAGUAGUGCAACAUCAUCAGCAAAGUCCAAGUCCGUCAAUCGGAGUUGUUCAUGCCAUGGAAUACCAAAGGCAGUCUGGUUCAUUGCUCUCCUCAUUAUGUAGUCGAUGGCUAGGAGGAAAAGGAAGGGAGAUAAGAUGCACCUGAUAAGAUAAACCUGUCUCGAUUGUAAAAAACUCUGUUGUUCCCUCUUCUGUUUUAAUGCAGCAACUAGACUGACUGUAAAGGUGUCGUAGGAUCUGGACGAAUUUUUCUGGUAUACCGUAUUCUCUAACUAUUUUCCAUAGUGAUUCUCGGUGGACACUAUCAAACGCUUUUUUGAAGUCCACGAAACUGAUCGUUAGCCGUUGUUGGUACUCAAAACUUUGUUCUAUGAUAUUUCGUAAAACGAAAAUCUGCUCUGUACAUGAUCUGCCUCUUCGGAAACCUGCUUGUUCUUCUCUGAGCCUUUCAUCUACAGACUGUUGAAGCCGUCUCAACAAAACAGUGCUGAAAACUUUGCCUGGGACAGAGAGGAGAGUAAUGCCCCUCCAGUUGUUACAGUCUGCCAAGUUGCCCUUUUUUGGAAGCUUUACAAUCACUCCCUUUUGCCAGUCCUCUGGGACUUUUGAAGUUCGCCAACAGAGAUUUAAGAGAUCAGUCAUUCUGUUAACAAUGCACUGUCCCCCAUAUUUUAGCAUUUCUGCUGAUAUCAUGUCUAGUCCUGGUGCUUUGUUAUUCUUUAGCACUGCAAUGGCCAUGGUAACCUCCUCAGCAGUUAUUGGGUCUGUCUUGACCUUGAGAUCAUUGUCUGGAGAGGGGUCCUUGAAUAUGUAAGUUAUGUCUGGCGACAGUUGGUUAAGGGUCUCUUUAAAGUGCUCUACCCAUCUUGCAUCCUGUUCUUCUUUCGUUAACAAAGUUUUGCCUUGCUUGUCUUUUAUUGGUGCCCCAUGUCCACUCUUUGCUCCAGUGAGAUCUCGGACAAUACGAUGGAGGGUUUUUGUGUCAUUUCUGCUUGCAGCUGCUUGUGCCUCUUGUCCCUUCUGCUCAAUCCAGUCCCGUUUAUCUUGCCGACAGCUUCUCUUUACUUUCAGAUCUGCUUCCCUAUAGGCUUCUUCCGCUAGGCUGCGAUCCUGUGUUUCAUUUUUCUGAUCUCGUCUACGUUUGGCCUCUUUCCUCUCAUCUAUCAAUUUCCAUGUUCUGUCUUGUAUCCACCGUUCCUUGUAUGAACCUCGCCUCCUUCCGAUAACUUCUUCUGCGCACCCAAUAGUGGUAUCUUUGAAGUUGGCCCACUCUUCUUCAAGGGUCAAUAUAUCUGCAAGAGCCUCAAAGCGGUUCGUUAGUUUCAAUUGGAACUGUGCUGCAGUAUUGCCGUCUUUAAGCUUCUCUACAUUAAAUGGGCGGGGUCGUGUGGCUCGUUUUGGUUGGCGUUUCAAUCGGAGCUUACAUUUGCCACUGACAAGGUAGUGGUCUGAGCCGAUAUCAGCUCCUCUGCGGGUCCGCACGUCUAACAGAGAUGACCUCCAUCGUUUGGAGAUGCAAAUGUAAUCUAUCUCGUUGAAGGUUUCCCCAUUUGGUGAUCGCCAUGUUUUUUUGUGUAUUUGUUUGUGCUUAAAAUAUGUGUUUCCAAUUGAAAGGCUGUUGGAUGCGCAGAGAGAAAUCAAACGCUCGCCAUUAUCACUGAUGUUUUCUGCAGAGCCAUAUGGUCCCAUUACAUAUUCAAAGCCAGUUCGGUUGGGAUUGAUUUUGGCGUUAAAAUCUCCCAUCAGUAGAAUUAGGUCGUGAGUAGGUGUUUCAUCAAGAGUGGUUUGUAGUUGAUUAUAGAACUGAUCUUUGAUGGUAUCUUCUGCAUCCUCUGUAGGGGCAUAAGCUUGGAUGGUAGUGACUUUAAUUUGCUUUGUUUGGAGUCGAGCUGUAAUGAUGCGGUCACUGAUCGGCUUCCAAGCAAUUAGCGCUGAAGCUGCUAUUUUAGACAUGAUGAUUCCUACACCACCAAUGUGCUCCUUGUCAUGUCCUGAAUAUAUUAUUGUCUUGCCAUCAUUGAUAAUUUUUCCACUUGACGUCCACCGCAUCUCGCAGAUCCCAAGGAUGUCCAGCCGAUAAGAGUCAAACUCUCUUAAAAGUUGGGCCAGUUUACCGCAUUGAUUCAGGGUUCUUACAUUCCACGUGCCUAUAAGAGUCGGUUUCCUUGCGUUGAAAGGCUUGCCAUGUAUCGGGUAUUGGACUUCCAGUUGGCUUUGAUCCAACACCGUCAUCAGGGUUUGGCCGCCCUCGCCGCAUGCAUAGUUUUCAUUAUGUGUCGAGUUUGCCGUUUCUGUAGCAAUAGUGGUUUUACAGGGUGGGGUCGCUAGCCCCACGCCAAACCCUCCUCCUUUCUCACCCGGGCUUGGGACCGGCAUACGGCGGAGUUCUAUGUGGAUACACACACACAUUUUUAAUGAAAAUCUCACCAGUUAGCUCUUCAUUGUAAAUUGAUAUUUAAAAAUACUUAUAAUUAUUUUUUCAUCUAAGCUGAAUUUUGUUACAUUAUUGAGCUACAUUUUAAAUGUAGUAAAAUACAUUCUAUGAACAGUUUGUAGUGGAUAGGUUUACUUUUCUUACAUUGAAUCCUGUUGGUUAAAGAUGGCUGUUUUGUGUAGAGACAAACUUUUGAAAUUCAUAUUGAGAUGAAGCUGUUUUUGUUUCAUAGUUAUACCAUCCAGAACAUACUGAAUGCUAAAUGGAGAAAUGUUUGAUGCUUAUCAAGACAUUUUGUUAGGGAACCACUGAAGUGGGUUCUUUUUUUUGUGUAGUCAAUGCAACUUGUCAAUGUCAGUCAGAAUAAGUUUGUGGUGCAGGUGAAGACCAUUGCUCUUGUCAUGUGAACUAUGUAAACUUAUGUAAAGCUUAGUAAAAUGUUGAUCAAAUAGACAAGUGGAAUUGAACAGAAUAAAUAAUUCAGGCUAUAUUUCUAUCAAGCUUUUUAAUGACUGAUAUGGAACUGCAUUCCUCAUUAAUCUUUGGACUCAAAGACAAGUCUUAUUAUUAUUGAAUUAGAUGUCAGGAUUUGUAGAAUUGAUAUGACUAUCUCUGAAAACCUAAUCUCAGCACUGAGACAGUAUACAACUUAUUGACCUUAGCCUGUCAUUCUCAUCUCACCCAGUCCAGGCUACAACCAACAAAAACAAGCAUCCAACCAAAACUAUUACAGGGAGUUGUUCACUAUUUUAUUCUAUGGUUUGUUUUAACCCACCAAAAAAAAAAAAGACAACAGUUUGAGAAUGAUUGCCUCUUGAAGUUGUGUCUUGAUGCUGAAAACAAACUACAAACUUAGAAGUGCCGUUUGUAUUUACUUUGCAUUGUUUUGUUUUUCUUUGUACACAAGUUAGUUCCACCUUUGUCUUUCACUGGCAUGCUUGAGCUGUAACCUUGUACCAUUCAGACAACCUUAACAUUCUUAAGCUUCUUAAACAAUUAUUUUUUGUACAUAACAAAACAUGAAUCAGUUUUUUAAAAUACUAAUUAGCCAAUUAAUUAGUUGGCUGAUAUCGAAAAAGGGAAACAACUUAUACAUUAUUGAGAUAUAUAGCAGUAAUGAGAGUUAUUCCCCUUAGAUAAGCUGUUUAUUUUUAAUUUUUUUUUAAAGAAUUUUAUAGAUUAUUUUUCUUUUUUUUACUAGUACUCUAGUUCCCAUUGAGACCUCGAUGUUACUUGGUUCACUAUAUGGCCAACAGACAAACUCAUGUCAAUUACAUUUUGAACUCAGAGCUUAAGGAAUAAAAAACAUAACGACUCAACCCCAUUUUUCGGCAAAGCGCUCUUACACUUAACCACCACUUCCCUUACACUUAACCACCACUUCCGAGCAGAUAUUAUCUGCAGGUUUAAAUUUUGAAACUGAAUUUAUUCUUUAAAGUUGACGCCACUUAUGAAAAUUAGCGUAUGCGUUGUAUUCACUGACCAUGAAAGUACCGAGACACUGCAUUGUAUUCACUGACCAUGAAAGUGCCGAGACACUGCAUUGUAUUCACUGACCAUGAAAGUACCGAGACACUUCAUUGUAUUCAUAACUCAUACAUUGGUAAUAAUUGACACUAUAAACUUGACAUACAAGGAUAAAGUGGAAAGUGCUGUCUAUUCUCAAGACGAGCAGACAUUUGAGAACUGACUAGUCGAGCAAUGUCUUGAUCAGUCAGCCGUGUAGUGUGUUGUUCAGUCAGCCAUGUAGUGUCUUGUUCGUGUUACACUCUUAGCACUUGGUAACACUGAUUCAGCAGUGCUUUUAUCUUAGUCAUCUUUGAUGAUAUUGUUUGCUGAGCGCGUCCUACAAAGUUCAUACCAACACAUUAUACUAUUUUGUUCUUUGGUGAACAUUGGAUUUCUGAGUGCAUCGGAAUAGCGAGCAAUCCAAGUGUUGACUGUACUGGUGGUGUCCUUAGGAUUCGGUGGCACAGAAAUGAUGGCAGACUGAAUGCGUUGUGGAUGUUGAAAUUGUACUGUCCUAGGUGUGUGUGUAGAGCUGCUGUGAGUUCUUGGAGCUGUUCACACGAGCUUUAUAUAUGCGUGUGUGUGAUAGUUGGCUUUAUUUCCCAUGUCGUGUUAUUUUUUUCCCUUGCCAACUGCGAUGAUUAUAAUGACAUCAAAAACAUUAAAGAAUGCUAAAACUUUGA